AUGUGGGACUACUACAAUGAUAAGACCCUCUUCAUCACAGGUGGAACUGGCUUCCUGGGGACUGCUGUUGUAUAUCGCUUGCUCACACAAACAUCUGUGAGUCAUGUAUAUAUGCUGUGUAGAGGAGGUAUAGGAAAACUUCAAUCAAAAUGGACAACAUCGCUAUCAUCGGCAACAGUCGAAAAACUGCUUAGCACCAAUCGCGUCACAGUCAUGGAUGGUGACAUCCUCUCCCCCGACCUUGGGCUUUCCCAGAACGAAUUGAACACACUUCAACAGGAAGUCGAUGUCAUCAUUCACUCGGCCUCCUCUAUAAAUCUUACAAAGCCCCUGGAUAGACUAUCAGAAUCCAUUCCCGGGGCCAGUGAAAGGAUGGCAGACAUUGCUCUGACCUGCCCGAAUUUGGAUCGCUUUGUUUAUGUCUCGACGGCAUAUGCCAAUACCUUCCUACCUCCCACCGGAGAAGGCAUCGAAGUCGAGAUCAAAGAAGACAUCUAUGAUCCCAAUCCCAACCCCAACGAUCAUCUAGAUGUCAUGAAAGAAUGGACACAAGUGCAAGAGACCGGCACUAGCGAUGCGUAUGAAGCCCACGACUUCCCAUGGCCCUAUGCAUACGCAAAGAACCUGACAGAGCGACUUCUUCUCCAUCGCUUCGCACAGAGCGGCGUCAAGGACAAGCUGCUUAUUGUGCGCCCUUCUAUCAUAGGAUCAGCCCAGGAUUUUCCAAGUCCUGGGUACAUCGUACCCUUAUCGAGCCCAUCAACAUUAAUCGCCGCUGUGAUUGCACUGAUCCCCGGCGGCACGGCUACUAUUGCAACGAAAGCAGUAGAACAAUCCUCCCAGCUGUUCACUGAUGAGGUUCCAGUCGAUGUGGUUGUUGAUCGCUUGCUCGCUCACUUGGCUGUGGGAACCAACGGUUGUGUUCAUGCAGUAAGUGGAAAGCAAGCAUGGCAUCCACUCAUUAAGUGGUGGGAGGCGGCGGCUUCACUACGGCGUAUACCGGAGAGUGUUCAUUUGGAUUGGAAAGACAUAGAUUGGAAGUCCGAUGAGCAACAUCCGCUGGCUCAGUUCUAUGUAAUCUUUGGGUCUACUUUCCAAUUUUAUGAGGAUAAGACUAUCGCUCUUGGCCGACAUCCCUUGGUGAAAACCUGUAAAGAGCUGCAACUGUUCAAUCAGCUCGAUUUUGCAGACAAGUUGCCAAGUCUAAUGGAAGAUAUCUACUCUGUGAUGAACCAUAUUGCCGAGAGUGAUGAGAGGGCACGACGAGUCAUCAAACGAUACUAUCAGGAUUCUAUAAAGGCUAAAAUCUAG